UAACGCGCGCUUCAUUCCCAAGUCCUCUUCAAACGGUACACCCCUUUUCGUUUGAGAAAGACGCAAUGAUUUAUUCCCUAUGUGCUGGUACGGUACAUGCAUUGUCGUCACAUUAUAGUUAUUGAGAGAAGCGAUAAGCGUAGCAAAAAGCAGAACGUGUGCCCCGCAUUCCAGUUAGUCUGUUCCGAGAGUUUAGUGCAGGUCCAGCGUUGUGUCGGCGGCGGCGGUGGCUUUUGAUCGGAGACACGCGUCAAAAACGCGCGACUAGCGAGUGGUUCAAAUCAAUUGUAGUACGGAAUAUAAUUAUAUUAAAGCCAGGUUCGUCCAUGUUUGUGACUACGGUGUCAUCAAUUGAUCGCCUAGUUGCGGAAAAAUAGUUCGAGCGCGCGUGUGUGACUAUAAUUUGUAAAGUCCCGAAAAUUAUGAAUCUUCAGCAAAAGUGAUUGAAAAAAAAAACCCAGUCGCAAUGGAUAGUUCACGAAAACCGGAGAAGAAAAAUCCUCGCAAGGGAGCGUUUUGCGUUUCGCAACUGCUGUUCACCUGGUUGCUACCACUGUUCUACAAAGGCUCCCGCUGGGGGCUCAACAAGGAUGAUCUUACCAAGUGCCUCAAGAAGGAUAAGUCGGAGGAUCUCGGAGACCAGCUGGAGCAACAAUGGAACUCAGAAACGGCGCUAGCCAAAAAGCAGAAUCGACCUCCCCGGCUGCGAACCGCUCUCUUCCGUACAUUCUACACACAAUGCAUUUUCGAUGGUUUCCUAGUGUUUAUGUUUGUGCUUAUCAAAUCCAUCCUUCCAGUAGUCUUAGCCCAGCUUUUGAUCCAAUUCCAAGUUCCAACGAAUUCAACCGAAAGUGGCAGCCUAAUGAACCAGACAACUACGGUUUCUCCCCAGGCACCGGAUGUUUUUCUUACUACCACCUUGCACUUUCUCCUAGAUACCGACCGAAAUGAAACCGAGUUGGAUAGAAUGCGCCGAAGCAUCGACGGGAGCAAAAACAGUCUUAAAUCUAACCGCGUUAACAGCGACGAUUACGGCGACGAUGAUUACAGCAACAGCCGCGACGAUGGGUAUAUUGACCUCAAUGACGAAGACGAACCGAGCCGGGUUCACUCGCUAUCAAGUGCCACUGACAUAAUUAAUUAUGCGUGGAACGACGUGCACUGGCUGGCUGCGAUACUGGUUCUGCUGACCUUGCUGGGAUGUUUCUGCGCUCAUCAUUCCGAUCUGCGUCAACGCUUAGUUGGGGCUCGGAUGAGAAUCGCAUGCUGUUCUGCUAUCUAUCGAAAGACACUACGAAUCUCCAAGAAGGCGGCCGGUUCUACUCCAGCCGGUUAUCUAAUCAAUUUGCUCUCGAACGACGUCAGUAGGUUGGACUAUGGAUUCAUCUUUCUGCACUAUGUCUGGGUGUUACCUUUUCAGGCAGUUUUCACAUGCUACCUCAUCUGGCGUAGCGUCCAGUGGGCGGCUGUAGUCGGUGUGGUGGGUUUGCUAGUGAAAACUAUUCCCGUUCAAACUGGACUGGGGAGACUGCAGUCCGUUCUUCGUAUGCGAGUUGCCCAACGAACCGAUCAGAGAGUCGGCAUAAUGAACGAGCUUAUCCAGGGGAUUCAGGUCAUUAAGAUGUAUGCGUGGGAAAAACCGUUUCACACGGUGGUGUCACUGGCACGUAAGAAAGAAGUGCGCCAAAUACGUUGGGCUUCAUAUAUUCGUGGUAUUUAUCUAAGUACCAUGAUGUUCACUGAACGGUCCACGCUGUUCUUAGCGAUUGCUACUUGUUAUUUUGAGGGCCGUGCUAUAACAGCUGAUAUCGUGUUUCCAAUGGCACAGUUUUUCAACAUUCUCCAGCUCACUGCUGCUAUCUUCUACCCGCUGGCUGUUUCCCUUGGAGCGGAGGCAUUGGUGUCCAUUGACAGGAUUCAAGAAUUUCUUGAAAUAGACGAGCAAGACACAAAAAUGACUGGCUUACUAAAGAAUGAUUUGGAGAUCAUCAACAAAAAAACACCUACUGGACAAAGAAAUGCCGUUGAGCUGAACAAUGUUUCAGCCAGUUGGGAUAACGGUAAAGAAAAAACUCUCGAAAAUAUUACUCUCAAUGCUAAAAAUGGUCAACUGUUGGCUAUCGUUGGACCGGUCGGUGCUGGUAAAAGUUCGUUGCUCCAGUUGUUACUGGGAGAGCUACCUAUUCUGAACGGAGAAGCGAUUAUCAACGGAGAGAUGUCCUAUGGAAGUCAAGAACCCUGGUUAUUUACCGGCACUGUAAGAAAUAACAUACUGUUUGGAUUGUCGUACGAUCGUAAACGGUAUCAGGAAGUGGUAGAACAUUGUGCUUUGCUGACGGAUUUUGAACAACUCCCCGAAGGAGAUAAAUCUACAGUAGGUGAGCGAGGAACAUCGCUUUCCGGUGGUCAACGAGCGCGGGUAAAUUUAGCACGUGCGGUUUAUAAGAACGCAUCUGUUUAUCUGCUGGAUGACCCCCUCAGUGCUGUCGAUACUCACGUUGGUCGGCAUCUAUUCGAUGAGGUUAUGGGACCAAAGGGUUACCUGGCGAAACAGCAGGCAACGCGGAUUCUCGUCACACAUCAGGUUCACUUUUUGAAGGACGCCGACUGGAUUAUUAUAUUGGAGCAUGGUAAAAUUUUAAUGCAAGGAACUUAUGAAGAGCUUUCCAAAAGCAACUUGGAUUUCGGCAAACUGUUGGGAUCAACAGAAGCGAAAAAAGAAACUCCGGAUGAGGAAGAAAUCGAGGAUAUAAUGGAUGAAGAGAUUCCAUUUAUUGACGGUGUUAGGUCGAGCAAUAACAAAUUAUUAAAAAGCUCGUCUUCAAUCCCGGGACCAUCAUCCUUAGCUUCGAGCGUCAGUGAGAAUCUGGGUAGAACAGUGGCCGAAGAUCAGGCUGAAGGCAGUCUUCCACUGAAAGUUUGGACAACGUACUUCUUGGCUGGCGGCAAUGCUUAUCUGUUAUUGUUUACUUUUAUUACGCUUGUGUUUACUCAAGUCGUUGUUAGCGGAUCAGAUUACUUCGUAACCUACUGGACCCGACAAGAAGAGCUGCGUCUCGAAGAUAUUCCAGUAGAAUACUCUACCGGAGAUUAUCUCUCAAUGUACGGAGUAUUCAUAAUUGCAGUGAUAUUUUUCACUAUCUUCCGUGGGUAUUUGUUUUUCAACAUCUGUAUGAAAGCGUCAAGAACGCUGCAUGACCGGAUGUUUGCCAAAAUGCUAGCGGCUCCAAUGCGAUUUUUCGACACCAACCCAUCGGGGCGUAUCCUGAAUCGUUUCUCCAAGGACAUGGGAGCAAUUGAUGAACUCUUGCCAAAAGCGAUCAUGGAUGCUGUCCAGGUGCUACUGGUAAUGGUCGGAAUAUUGGUUGUGAUAGCCAUCGUCAAUCCAAUCCUACUGGUAGCGCUGUUGGGUGCUGUGGUUUUGUUUGCAGGAGCUCUAAAAUUGUACUUAAGACCGGCACAGGAUUUAAAACGCCUGGAAGGAAUAACUCGAAGUCCAGUUUUCUCGCACCUCUCGGCAACAUUGACUGGACUUUCCACGAUACGCGCUAACGCUGCUCAACAAAAGAUCACACAAGAAUUUGAUGCUCUGCAAAAUGUACACUCCGCCGUCUGGCAGUUGACUAUGUCCAGCAAUGCCGCUCUUGGAUUAUGGUUGGAUUGCAUCAGUACAGCCUUCGUAGCUUGCGUUACGUUCAGUUUCCUUAUGCUGCAUGAUUCAACUUACAGUGCCAACGUUGGUCUUGCGAUCUCACAGGCAAUGAUCCUCACCGGGAUGGUCCAAUACGGUAUCCGUCAGACGGCAGAGUCAAUGCAACAGAUGACGGCAGUAGAGCGUGUCAUCCAAUACACUGAAGUCCCUUCGGAAAAUAAUCCGCCCAAAGUUCCGCCCAGUGAUUGGCCUUGGAAAGGUCAAAUAGAGUUCCAGAAUAUGACAUUACGAUACGAUUGUGACGGCGCACCGAUACUUAAGAAUUUAGAUUUGACUAUCGCACCGACUUGGAAAGUUGGAAUCGUCGGUCGAACGGGAGCCGGAAAAUCUUCCCUGAUUGGAGCACUCUUCCGACUGGCGCCGAUCGAAGGAAAGAUUCUAAUUGAUGGAAUCGAUUCCGGCGUGGUGACACUGGAGUCACUGAGAUCAAAGAUUUCCAUCAUUCCUCAAGACCCGGUGCUCUUCAGUGCUACCAUCAGGUACAAUUUAGAUCCCUUCAAUCUCUAUGAUGAUGAUAGUUUAUGGAAAGCAAUCAAUGAAGUGGAGUUAAGAUCAGCGGUUAGCGGGUUGGACUAUAUGGUCACCGAAAGUGGAACCAAUUUCAGCGUAGGCCAACGACAGCUGAUCUGUCUGGCAAGAGCAAUCUUGAGGAAUAACAAAAUUUUGGUGCUUGAUGAAGCUACUGCCAACGUUGAUCCACAGACUGACGCACUGAUACAGCGCACGAUCCGGGAAAAAUUCAAAGAUUGCACCGUUUUAACGGUGGCUCAUCGUCUACACACGGUAAUGGAUUCCGACCGGAUCUUGGUAAUGGAUGCCGGUAAGGCACGCGAAUUCGACGCUCCUCAUGUUCUUCUGCAACGGGAAGAAAGCGUUCUGAGAAACAUGGUCGACGCUACCGGUCCGUCGGAAUCGGAAUCUCUCAAGCGUAUUGCAGCUGAAACAUACGCAAACUUACCAAAUCCUUGAAAUUAAAAUCAGGGAAACUUUGUAACUACUUAGAAUCAGAAAGACUUGAAUGUUAGGUAGAUUAGUUUAGUAAUAAGUGCUAAGUAGAUCUACAUGAGUACAACGGUACAGAAAUAUAAGUUUCUGGGUGCGUAAUUCCCAUUUUCAACCGGCUAGUGCUUGAAUUUAUAUAAGUAGGUACAUGACAAAUAAAGUUAGAAGCAGUAACUGCGACUCGCAAUAUUUAUCAGAAAAAGUGCCUUUUUAGUAUGUGAGUGAGCAAGGCAAUCUUCCAGUCUUACAGUUUAGAACCAAAAAACAAUCAACACUGCCGAAACACAGAAUUUAACACAAAAAGUAAUAUCCACAAAGAAGCAAUAAAAUUCUAUUUACAUUUUACAAAACA